AUGUCUGACCACCUGGGUGAACUGCCCAGAGAUUAUAUCAAUUGGUCUAUGUUGACCAUAGAGAGCGCCAAAACUAUGGCUAAAGGGAGUCAAGAGGAAUCACCCUCUACAAACAUCAUUCAGGAGACCCAUGUUACCUCUUCUCACUACCCAAAAGAGAUGGAGCUUGGAGAGAUCGUUGUGGCUGAACGUCCUGGCGAGAGGCAGCUGUACGUGGAGCAGACGCCAAGAGCCCAGGACCUGCUGGGGAGAUGCAGAAAUCGGAUCCACCAAGUUUUUGGGUAUCUCACAGGAGAAAUGAAAGAAUAUGGAGAGUGGAUGAAAAAUAAGCCCCUAAUGGUCCAGCUGGUGGACUGGAUCUUGCGAGGGACCUCUCAGGUGAUGUUUGUCAACAACCCUCUCAGCGGGCUGAUCAUUUUAGUGGGGAUCUUCAUCCAGAGUCCCUGGUGGAUGCUCACGGGCUGUACUGGAACAACCGUGUCGACAUUAACUGCACUGGCCCUCAGUCAGGACAGAUCAGCCAUUGCAGCUGGGCUGCACGGCUAUAACGGGAUCUUGGUGGGACUGCUCAUAGCUGUCUUCUCUGACAAAGGGGAUUACUACUGGUGGCUUCUUCCUCCUGUGGCAGUUAUAUCGAUGGCCUGUCCAAUCCUGUCCAGUGCUUUGGGAUCCAUCUUCAGUAAAUGGGACCUUCCUGUUUUCACUCUGCCCUUCAAUAUUGCAGUGACUUUGUAUUUGUCAGCCACAGGACACUACAACCCCUUCUUCCCUACAACCCUCAUCCAGCCUGUAGCAUCAGUGCCCAAUAUCACCUGGUCUGCAAUCAAUGUGCCACUGCUCUUGCAAUCCAUCCCAGUCGGUGUUGGUCAAGUGUAUGGUUGUGAAAACCCCUGGACUGGAGGCAUCUUCCUUGUUGCUUUACUUAUCUCCUCCCCACUUAUUUGUUUACAUGCUGCAAUUGGAUCAACAGUGGGGAUGUUUGCAGCACUGAGCAUUGCAUCACCAUUUGACAGUAUCUACCUUGGCUUACACAAUUACAACUGUGCACUUGCGUGCAUUGCAAUUGGGGGCAUGUUCUAUGCCUUGACCUGGCAGACUCAUUUGCUGGCACUUGCCUGUGCAUUAUUUUGUGCCUACUCUGGAGCAGCUCUUGCUAAUGCCCUCUCUGUG